AUGAAUGAAGCUGAAGGUUCAAAGAAACCGUUAAGAUCUUGCGUCAGAUGUCGAAGGAAUAAGACGAAGUGCGAUUCUUAUGUUACGAGACCCGGGCCUUGUACGUCUUGUUUAAAACGGGGAGUGGAGUGUAUUUUGGAUUAUGUCGCACCUCCUCAGAGGUCGAAGGAAAUAAAAGAUUUGUAUGACAGUGUGGCGGAGGUUAAAGAAGGUCUUGGACAUCUGUUAUCGAGUUAUGAAUCUUUGUUAGAAGGUUGUGGAAAUCGAAAUUUGGAAGCUGUCUCGAAAGUUUUACAUGUGAAAGUCAUGAAGUUUGGGAACGGCGAGCUGAUCAUGAUAAAGUUGGACGAUGAAUUUUUGAUGAUUAAUAAUGUCAAGGUUUCAGUGAUAAAGGCGAAUUCCGCUUUUCUUGAGUUUCAAACCGUUAUUAGGGAACUGUUACGGAUAUAUGAAUUAUCUGAUGCUGAGUUUCUGGGCUUUAAACUUGAAGACAUGGAUGAUGACUUUAGUGAAGAAUAUGAUGUAGUAAAUUUGUUCCGCACCGAUCGUUUGUUGAUGUUGUUGCUUGUGGUGAAUUUCUAUUUUGAUGUACCGGGGUUGAGGUACCUUGACAUAUACGAAGCUGUUUUGGAAGAUUUUUGCCAGCUGUCGCUUGGUGAGGAAGAGGUUGGUGAUGUGUUUUCUAGGAGAAGAUUAACAAAGUACAUUUGUGGUAGUCGACGUGAAAUGUCGAACGAGUUUAGCAGUGAGAUGUUCACGAAAAGAAUGACGUUGUACCUUUUUUACCAUAUUGUUCUUUAUGGACCUGUGCUCUUUCUUGAUAGCUUUAUUUUCAGAUACAUCAAGACGCUCGAAAGUGUGAGAAAGAAGAUAGAUCUGGAUAGAAACUGGGAAAUUAGAUGGGUUAACUUCUAUGUGAAGAUAUUUGAUUUGUUACAAAGUGGCUAUAUGAAACAUCCAUUUGUUGAUGAUAGUUGUGAGUUGUACAGGUUGAUGAAGUUUGAUAUUGAUUAUCUUGAUAGGGGAGUUAAUGCCAAUGCUGAAGGUAUUAGAGAAAUUAUGAACGCAAGUUAUAGUUUAUUGAUUGAUGACAACCGAGAGGAGAAUCAGUGGAGAAAGUCAUUUGUGAGUAUGUUUUUGAGUCAGUUGGUGAGUCUGAACGUUCUGAUUUGUUGUAACAUGGAUAGUUGUGGUGAAGAAAUGAGGAGGGCUCUGAGGGAUUCCGUACGAUUUAACGGCUUUUCAUUUAAAAUAGUUGAACGAACUCCAAAGGUGUUAUUUGAUUAUGAUAUCGGAAGUUAUUAUGGUGUCCAGUGGAAAAGGGAUAUAUUGGAAGAAUUUGCAGUAAUGGGUUUGGCUGAACACGAAGCAGGUUGUCAUGAGAUAGAUGUUCAGCUGUUGUCGCUAGAGGAUUUCGUAUUAAAGCAUUUGGUAAGUGAUUACGACAAUGAAUUGAUAAAUCGGAGUUGUUGCGGUUUCAUAUGGAAGCUUUUUGAGGCGUGCAUGUAUCGUGAAAUUAUGGGGAGAAUCGGUUUGAGGAAGGUUGUCACAUUCGUACCUCGUAAUUGUUUAGAGGUUUGUGGAAUGCUUGUGGGGUACGAUGACUCUCGUGCCGAAGAGGUUUCAUCUAUCAUACGGGGUGUUGACUGGUCUAAGGAGAGUGCUGAAGAUGUGGUUAUGAAAUUACGUAGAGCUAUUUGA